CACACGAUUGGCAAUCUAAUUGUCACCCCAUCCUGCGGAGGAGUGUAGACCUAAAACCCAAUUGCUCACCGUCACAGCCCUGCAUCUCAGAUGCUCAAUUAGGAUUCUGAAAUCAAGUCUCAAUCCUCAGUUUCUUCGGCCGAAGGCAGCAAAAUCAUCUAGGGCUCUCUUCUCGCUUCUUGUUUAGGGCUUCUUGCUUCAGUGAAUCAGCGCCUUCAUUGUCUGCAUGUCGGCUGGGCUUAUCUGAGAACUAAAUCACAUCGCCCGGUACAUCUUGCAGUAUUCGCCAACGAACAUUGGAGCUUCAUGAGAGAUGACAGUGCUGAAGAGGUAUGUGCUAAGAUUGUUCAUAUCGUUGAAGUACAUCACAGCAAAUGUGGUGGACAGGAACAAUGGACGCAUUGUUGCAACGGCAUCAACAGUUGAACAUUCUCUCAAGAGCACGCUGGAGUGCGGCCGGUCUUGUAAUGCAAAGGCAGCGGCUGUUGUGGGAGAGGUGUUGGCAAUGCGACUGAAAGUGGAGGGUCUCAAUCAGGGUCAGGGAAGAGGAAUCCAUGUCGAUGUUAACAAAGAGAUCGAGAAGAGGUUUAAGAACCGAACUAAGGUCUGGGCCAUUGUGAAUGCCCUCAAGAACAAUGGAGCCAAACUCAUUCUUGAUGAUGAUGACAAUGGCACUUCACGACCAAGGUACUAAUAAAUUCUCAUGUUAAAUUUGAUUAGCAGGCAGCCAGCUGAUAUCAUAAACUCAUAUCUGUGUGUGUGUAUAAUUAGAAAUUAGAAUAUUUGUUAGCUGUAUCGAUAUUUUAAAUGUUAGAAUAUAAGCUGACAGAUAAAUCCAUAUUGCGCUACUUUUUUCUUUGGUA